AUGCUAACCAAGAACUCUGCCAGGGUAUCAUCCAGCAGUAUAGCCCCACAAUCCCAGCGGAAACCGGGCCUGGCUGCAGAAGCGGCCUCCGCUAGGGGGCUUCGGCGGGAGGAUCCCGGAGGCGUCGCCUGCUUCCGCCGCCCCUCCUUCAGUGAAAGUCCCUUUUGGGUCCAGCUGCCACAGCCACCGCGCACCCUCAGGCCGGGCGGGGGACACCCCAGGUCUGCGUGGCCCCCGCGCCGCCACGCCCAGUGGCCGCCCGAACCCAGUGAUCAGGGGGAGGAGCCGCAGCCAGUGGAGGCGGAGGAGGUAGAAGAGGCGGAGACGGCGGAGACGGCGGCGGAGAAGGCGGAGAGAAAGGUGGAGACAGAGGCGAAGGUGGAGGGGAAGGUGGAGGCGGUGGAGAAGGUGGACGCCACCGGGAAGGUGGAGGCAGCGGGGAAGGUGGACGCUACCGGGAAGGUGGAGCCGGAGGAGGGUCCUGGCCGCCGGGUUGAGCUCAAGCUGGAGCUCGAAUCCGAGCCGGUAAGGGAGGCAGAGCAGAAGCCGAAGCAGGAGCUGGAGGAUGAGAACCCAACCCGGAGCAGCGGUGGCGGCGGCAACAGCGAAGAGGUUCCUCCCCCUUCCCUUCCCUCCGAUCCCCCGCGGGCCCCCGAUCCCUCUCCGCGGCGCAGUCGUGCCCCCCGCCGCCGACCUCGGCCGCGGCCUCAGACCCGAGUUCGUACCCCACCGCAGCCUAGGCCACGGCCCCCGCCCCGUCCCCGGCCCCGGCGCGGCCCUGGGGGCGGAUGCUUGGAUGUGGAUUUCGCUGUGGGUCCACCAGGCUGUUCCCACGUGAACAGCUUUAAGGUGGGAGAGAACUGGAGGCAGGGAUUGCGGGUGAUCUACCAGUGCUUCGUGUGGUGUAGAACCCCGGAGACCAGGAAAAGCAAGGCAAAGUCGUGCAUCUGCCAUGUGUGUGGCACCCACCUGAACAGACUCCACUCUUGCCUUUCCUGUGUCUUCUUUGGCUGCUUCACGGAGAAACACAUUCAUGAGCACGCCCAGACGAAACAACACAACUUAGCUGUAGACCUUUACUAUGGAGGUAUAUACUGCUUUAUGUGUAAGGACUAUGUAUAUGACAAAGACAUUGAGCAAAUUGCCAAAGAAGAGCAAGGAGAAGCCUUGAAAUUACAAGCUUCCACCUCAACCGAGGUUUCUUACCAGCAGUGUUCAGUGCCUGGCUUCGGGGAGAAGUACCCAACCUGGGAGACAACCAAACCCGAGUUAGAACUGUUGGGACACAACCCGAGGAGAAGAAGAAUCACCUCCAGCUUCACCAUUGGUUUAAGAGGACUAAUCAAUCUUGGCAACACGUGCUUUAUGAACUGCAUCGUCCAGGCCCUUACCCACACUCCAAUCUUGAGAGAUUUCUUUCUCUCUGACAGGCACAGAUGUGAAAUGCCAAGUCCGGAGUUGUGUCUGGUCUGUGAGAUGUCUUCACUUUUUCGGGAGUUGUAUUCUGGAAACCCUUCUCCUCAUGUUCCCUAUAAAUUACUGCACCUGGUAUGGAUACACGCACGUCAUUUAGCAGGGUACAGGCAACAGGAUGCCCACGAGUUUCUCAUUGCAGCGCUAGAUGUCCUGCACCGGCACUGCAAAGGUGAUGAUGUUGGGAAGGCUGCCAACAAUCCCAACCAUUGUAACUGCAUCAUAGACCAAAUCUUCACAGGUGGCCUGCAGUCCGAUGUCACCUGUCAAGCCUGCCAUGGUGUCUCCACCACGAUAGACCCAUGCUGGGACAUCAGUUUGGACUUGCCUGGUUCUUGUACCUCCUUCUGGCCCAUGAGCCCAGGGAGGGAGAGCAGUGUGAAUGGAGAAAGCCACAUACCAGGAACCACCACGCUCACAGACUGCUUGCGAAGGUUUACAAGGCCAGAGCACCUAGGAAGCAGUGCCAAAAUCAAGUGCGGUAGUUGUCAAAGUUACCAGGAAUCUACCAAACAGCUCAUGAUGAAUAAGUUACCUGUUGUUGCCUGUUUUCAUUUCAAACGAUUCGAACACUCGGCUAAACAGAGGCGCAAGAUCACUACAUACAUAUCCUUUCCUCUGGAGCUGGAUAUGACACCAUUUAUGGCUUCGAGUAAAGAGGGCAGGAUGAAUGGACAGUUGCAGCUGCCAACCAGUAGUGGAAACGAUGAGAAUAAGUAUUCCUUGUUUGCUGUGGUUAAUCACCAAGGAACUUUGGAGAGUGGCCACUACACCAGCUUCAUCCGGCACCACAAGGACCAGUGGUUCAAGUGUGAUGAUGCUGUUAUCACCAAGGCCAGUAUUAAGGACGUUCUAGACAGUGAAGGGUAUUUACUGUUCUAUCACAAACAGGUCCUGGAACAUGAAUCAGAAAAAGUAAAAGAAAUGAAUACACAAGCCUACUGAAGUGACACACAGACCUACCUGAAAUGAAGAUGACAACACCUAUGCUACAACUGGCAUCGAGAUUUAAAGGACUACUUGCGUGGCCCAUGGGCCUGACAGAGUAAGAAUUGAACAGUACCCAGUGUCUAAGAGGCCCUGAUUGGAAAAGAAGUAGGAGGGGUGGGAGAAGAGGCUCUAGUCUAAACAAUCAUUGAAAAGAAAAUUAAAUGGCAGGAAUGUUCUGGUGAGGAAGGCAGGGAGAUCCUGACACUGGUACAUAUCCUAUAUUCCUCCAAAAGAUUGUGUGGGAAAG